AUGCAGUCCCUGCGCUUCCAGAUCCCGCGCGCCGCGCAGCGCGCCUUCUCCACCACCCCGGCGCGCUCCCUUGCGAAGAUGCAGCUGAUCGGGAGGCUCGCGGAUCAGCCUGAGACAUUCGCGACCUCGACCGGGCAAGAGCUGGUGCGGUAUGCGCUGGGCGUGAGCGCGGGUCGCAAGGACGAGCAGGGCAACCGGCCCGUGAGCUGGUUCAGAGUCGCGAGCUUCAUUCCGGAUGGUCCUCGGAAAGACCUCCUGCUCACUCUGCCCAAGGGGUACGUAUAUACAGCUCACGAUGCAAGCGUAUACUGCGUGGAGCUUAGAGAACGGUCGGCUUGGAGGGCAUUUGCACCAUCGGCGCAAUGUCUACAUGCAUGAAAGCGAGACGACGGCAGGCUCGAACGCCUACGCCUGAGAGAGAGAGCUCACACACGGACAAGAAGAAUCGAGCAUCACCAGCCAACGUGCUAACACGUACGGCGCAUCUAGGACCCAAGUCUACGUCGAGGCGGACGCGCGAAUGGACUCGUACACCGACACGGAGACGAACCAGAAGCGGACGGCGCUCAACCUCCUCCAGCGUUAGUGCAACUGCUCGCGAAGGAAGGCUGCACGGCCAGCCUCUGGUCGCAACCUACUGACAUGACGUCCCACAGGCAACUUCGAAGUCCUCCAGCGACCGCGCCUUGAGGGAGGUGAGGGAGAGGGCAUGGAAGCCCAACAAGCCGCCGCCGGCGCCGAAUGA